AUGGAGUCCUUUGCUGCUCUUAAGCGUCGGACGACCGAAGUCCUCCAAUCCCUCCCGCAAAAUCUCCCCACCAUGCCUAGUGUCAACGUGAAGAAACCAUCUUUUUCGAGCAAUUCCGGCCCCAAGCCGAUGAAGGGCACCUGGGAGAAAAUCGAUGUUCCCCCUCUGGCCCGUUCGUCUCACACCAUCAACGUCGUCAACGGUUCUGCAUACGUCUUUGGCGGCGAGAUCAACCCGCGCGAACCUGUAGACAACGAUGUCCACAUCAUCAGGCUGCCGUACAACAGCGCUGGUGCCGAUUACUACAAGAUCAAAUCUGUUCCCCCGAAGCAGUAUACUCCGCCCGCCGUUCCCGAACCUUUUAAGAAGGAGGCCGUAGAGACAACUGAGCAGCCGACCGUUGAAGAGAAGGCGGAACAGAAGGAGCAGCUUCUCGACGAUGUAUCUCUUGCGUCCCCAUCAGCUGGCCCAGCCGACGAAGAAAGCUUGAAUGAAGAGGAAAACGCAGAGGUGACUGUCAAGGACAAGGGGAAGGGUUUGGCUGCUCCUGAUGUCCCCGUCCCAGGGGACGUUCCUGCUCCUCGUGUUGGCCAUGCCAGCGCAGUUAUUGGUAGCCGCAUCUUCGUCUUCGGCGGUCGCGGAGGAGCCGAUAUGACACCUCUUGAAGAGGCCGGCCGUGUCUGGGUCUUCGACACGCGCACCAAUACCUGGACCUACCUUGACCCUGUUCCACCUGCUCCGGGUGUGACAAUUUUGCCCAUGCCUUCCGCGCGAAGCUACCACUCCGCCGCCGCCACCGACCGUCCCCGCGACUUUGCGCCUAAGCGUACGCGCCGCGCUCAGAGCUGGAAGGCUUGGGCUGUAGGCGACAGCGCUGAAGUUGGCAUUCCCCAGGCACCAAUUGUUGGCCAUCUUGCUGCUAACGCCGUUGAUGAGGAGGACGAAGGAUAUGGUACUUUCUUCGUUCAUGGCGGCUGCUUGGCCAGCGGCGAACGCACCAACGAUCUCUGGGCUUUUGAUGUCCGAAGCCGAGUAUGGAGCCAGCUUCCCUCCGCACCUGGCCCCGCGCGCGGCGGCGCCGCGAUCGCGGUAAGCAAAAGCCGGCUGUUUCGUUUUGGCGGCUUCGACGGCAAGGGUGAACUUGGAGGCCAACUGGACUUCCUCCACCUUGAAAUGGAUACCUUUGAUGACGGCGUUUCCAAGGGCGAGAUUGCCGUCCAUGGCCGCGGCGGAUGGCAGAGCAUUGUUCAGGGUGCCAAUUCUGGAGAAGAUGAGAUACAACUCAUUGCUGAUCAGGUAUGGCCCGGACAUCGUAGUGUAGCUGGUCUUGAGGCUGUGACCGUCGGUGCCGGCCGUGAGUAUUUGCUUCUUAUCAUGGGCGAACGCGAGCCAAGCCCGGAUGGUCACUCCGGCGCCGGUGCCAUGUGGGACGACGUGUGGGCGUUCCAAGUACCGCCUCUCGGCAUGACGGCCGCCAGCGUCCGGGAUGCUAUGUGGCAAACCAUCGGCUGGCAGACGGGGGAGGGCAAGUGGACUCGACUGACUACGGAGCCCUACGACGAUGACAAUGAUGAUGGUGAGCCAGCACCACGUGGCUGGUUCGCGUCGGCACCGAUGGGGGAUGUGGAGGAGAGCGGUGUCGUUAUUUGGGGUGGAUUGAGCUCGGAGAACAAGAGAUUGCAUGAUGGAUGGAUACUGAGACUCCCAGUGUGA